AUGCCCGAGUUAAAGAAAUACUUGGGUGAAGUUUAUUUAUGGCAAUACGUCCCCAGUCUCGUCGGAUCAGUCAUCUUCACCCUUUUCUUCGCCCUCGCAACAGUGGCCGUUGGAUAUAAGAUGCACAAGUCCAAGACACGCUUCUGUCUCCCUUUUUCCCUCGGUGGCUUCUGCGAAGUUCUGGGCUACUUCUUCCGAGCUCUAUGCUACAACGCCACCGACUCCUUGCCUCUCAACAUCAUGCAGGCCCUCUUCCUCCUCCUGCCGCCAGUCUUCUUCGCAGCCACUUUAUACAUGGUGUACUCUCGUCUUGUACGGGCUAUUGGUGGAGAGAGUUGUUCUCUCAUCUCUGUUCGCUGGACGACUCGACUUUUCGUCCUUGGGGAUGUCCUCACGUUUAAUAUGCAAGGGAACGGAGGUGGCUUGCUCGCGAAUGAUGAUCUUGUUCACAUUGGAAAUAUCAUCGUUAUUACCGGCCUUAUCGCGCAAAUCCUCUUAUUCCUCGCCUUUGUAGCCUGCUGCGUUAUCUUUCAUCGACGAUUCAGGGUUCAUUUGAGGCAUACUAGCAUCCCAGUUUCGAUCCGUUGGGAGGCAUAUCUAAACAUGCUUUACUUCACAUCAGCUCUCAUUCUUGUUCGAAACAUCUUUCGAGUCGUCGAGUUCGCCAUGGACAAGGAGGGCUAUUUGCAGCAGAAGGAAUGGCCGACUUUUGUAUUUGACUCGGUCCUGAUGCUGUUGGUUAUGCUCGCGUUUUAUGUGAGAUAUCCCGACAAUCUCGUGGUGAAUUCGAGAGACUCGGCGAUUGAGCUUGUGCCAAAGGAUGAGCCUCGGGCUGGAGAACCUGGAGCUUCGAAUCAGAUGGACUGUCGAGAGGCCCGCAGCGACUUAGACAGGGUAUCGCGCGAACUUCAUUCUCUCCAGACAGUGCUUGAGCUCAUUGAAGAAGACGCCAAAGACGACACGAAGCCUUUCCCACCAACAAUCCAACACCAUGUGUCAGGCAUUGUCACAAACUGUGGCUCCGUGGUUCUCGAAGUCGAAACGUGUAUUAAAAAGUAUGGGGAUGGACGCAUCAAGAGCAAAGCCGCUUGGGCGAUCAAUGGCCAAGGUGACAUGGAGAAGCUGAAGUCCAGCUUGGAAGCUCACAAAUCAGCCCUGGAACUGGCCCUCGACAUGUUGUCUCUAUCUCUCACGAAAGAUAUCAAAGCUGAUACUACGGAAAUUCGUAACGAUACAGCUGCGAUUAAAGACGACACAGAGUUGAUCCUGCUGGAGAUCGCGCAGCUUCAAGCUCGAUUACCCGAUACGGCUGCUGCUCCGAAUGAUUAUAUUCUCCAAAAGUUCUUGGAGGAGAUGGCGACAUAUACCGAGACGACUCUCGAUGCAAAUGUGUCCUAUAGUGAUGGUACGAGAUCUAGAGCUUUGUCUAUCGUAGUUGAGGACAACGACAGCUCACCCAACUCUCCGCGAUACGAUCUACCGACCUCAGAACUCCAAGAUCCUACCGCCUUGGUGGUUAGUCUGUCGCCGGACUCAUCAAAUCCAGAAGAUGCCGCCAAGGACGGCAAAUAUUACCCUACUUAUCCAGAACCUCACCGAUACGCUCCCUGGCCGAGACCGGUAAUGGAAGACAUCCCCCUUCGCCCAAAGGGACCUGGUCCCGCAUCUUCGUAUCCCAAUUACGCCUACGACAAAGAAGUUGCACUCGGCAGUGAUCCUCAAGCCCUAGCAUUGGAUUCUAAGAAUGGAGAAACGCAAAAUCAAGUCGCAUCUCUGCCCACGAGAGUCCAAGAGGAAUCUGAUGUUUCUGAAUUUGCGUUACUAGACGCCUUCGAUCCUCUAUGGCGAGAGCGCUAUGGCAACGAUAUCUGGACACUAUCAAAUGACGAGAUUAGAGAGAACCAGGAGUUUGUCAUCGGUUUUUUGAACCAACUUAAGAAUGCUGAGAUGUCACAAGUAAAUUAUACACCGUCAGCAAUGAACAAUAGCCGGGUACAGAGUGACCAAGCUCAGCCUCUGCCAUCAAUACGUGACUCUCAGCAAACGGAUCCCCCCAGCUCGAUUUCUCAUCAAUGGCCCCAACAAUUGAUGCCGUACAUGGUGCCGACUAACGGACCGAUUGCGAGAAAAGAACUCAAUGCUGUCACAUCACCGUCCAGGACAAAAGACCAGCCCAGCCAAGAAGGAUUCCAUAUCGUGAGGUUCAGAGGCAAUGUGGUCGUUGAUCUACCAGUACCCGACGGGAUCCUUGCCCGUGUUCCUCACUCUGCCCCCCCAGAUCGAGACGAAUUCACGCAUUCGAGGUUCAGUUUUAUUACUUGUCCGCCAGAGAAGUUUGGAGAUCAUAACUAUACAUUGAGAGCGACACUCUUUGCGAAGCCGCGGCAAACGAAGUUUAUUUUAGUCGUCCAAUUAAACCCUAACGACAAAGAUUUCAUACGGCGCUGGCGUCUAAUUCACGAUUCUAUUGCAUAUACUCAGCAGCAUUCAGAUGGCUUUUGGAAGCGAGUUGUUGUUCAUUUCCACCUCACUCAUGGAACGGAAUGGGGACCCCGUGACGUUGAUCAUCCAUUAAGUGUGCUAGAGGCCAUUGGUGGGAAUCUGACACUCAGCGGCAAACUGACAGAAGUAGGCUCUAAGAAUCGUGAGCCGAUAGACAAGGAUUCGUCAGCGAUUGAAGGGCAACCGAUUCAUGCCACUAUGUCAGAGGUAUGA